AUGGCUUCCACCAUGAAAUUUGCAAAAAACAUAUUGGAAUUUAAUUCGCCGCAAUGGAUCCUUAGGGACCAGAUAGAGUUAUUCCAUGCUAGUAGAAAGCUCACGAUUUGUGGUUCGGUAGAAUCAAAAUGUCGCACCUCUAAAAUUAGCGUCAAGGCUGUCCACGCUGUCCUGCCAGGCUGUCCCUAUCUCCAAUUGCACCAUAUGUUUCAAGACCACAACAUCUCCAUAAAAUCUGGUGAAGCCGUCUCGGAUGCUACUUCGCGUGCUAUUGCUGCUAAUAAUUGCCUCACCUCUGAUUUCAGUCUCAGAAUAGAUCUACUGGUUCAUAAUCCUUGCUACAAUAUUCACAAUGAGCACUGCUGUAUUAAAUUUAAGAGACAAGACGCUAGGACGGGACUCUUAACAUCUCAACAAUCAAAAUCUAUUCGUAUCAAUGGCGCCAUCCUGAAUGAUUUAAUAGUCAAGACAAACGCAGAUGAUAUAUACUUAGCUUAUAUAGAUUUUUGGGGUAGUGAUGGGUAUAUCGCUGGCAUGAAGCUAUUUGAGAAUCUAGCCCUCUGUGUCUUCAAAGAGAAGCGUAAGUACGAGACAGUUGACAUCAGCCGCCUAUCCACUCCUAUAUGCCUCAGCCCUGAAAGAGUACCCGAAAUGGAGCCAUUAAAUAUGUAUUACUCUCCUAAAUUUGCAGAACUUCAUUCAGCAUUCUAUCAACUGUUUCCCUAA